AUGUCCCAGCGCCUUAGACCCAUUACACCAGCAAAUCCCCCGCCUGAUGAACCCGGCGGGUCGUCCAUCCAGACACGUGGGCGGAGCAUCACCCGCAAUUCCAGGAGCAACGCCACCGCAGCCUGCCUGUCAUGUAAGGCCAAAAGAAGAAAGUGCAGCGGGCCGCCAGGGCCUUGCAAUGCUUGUAUCACCUUCGAAACGGAGUGUGUUUUCAGAGAAGAUCUCGAUGGGAGACGAAAGGAGGCGAUCAAGCGGAAGAUGGAGGAGGGCACAGAGCAUCACCGUGAUCUUUUGACCGGACUGCUGCGUUCAAUUCGAUCCAGUGACGAAAACGAUGCCCAGCGCCUCUUCAGACUGAUUCGAGAUGAUGCGCCCGUGGCGACCAACCAUGAUUCGAUCAAUGCUUUUAUCGAUGAAAGUGUCAGGAAGCUUCGCGACAGCAGCCCGAAGACAGAUGCCACCAUCGACGGUCUCCUCAAGCUGAGAGCUGAAGCUGCCAGCUUUGCAGAGCAGGUCCCCACGAGUCGAGCACGCAGGAAGACCAUGAGCGUCGAGCAGAUGACGGACGAACCGCUGUUUCAACUCAGGGCAAGGCCCUGGACGACAGUCACGGACGAUGACUAUCUCGUCUCCCAUCUAGUCUCGCUCUACUUCACCUGGUGGAACACCUUCAUGCACCCUCUUCAUGAACCGGCCUUGAUUGAAGCCAUGGUAGCCGGGGCCUUCUCCGACCCUGACGAUCUGGACACGUGGGGGGAGCAUUUCUAUGACGAAGCAAGGCGCUUAUGGGACCGCGAGGAAGGGCGAUCUUCCAUGACCAACUUGCAAGGCCUGUAUCUUCUCAUGCUGUACCAGAACAUGCGCGGAAAAGAUCAACUUGGCUGGUCAACCAUGUCGCAGGUAGUCCACAUGUACCGAGACAUGGAUCUCGGUAACCAAGUCAAGAUACCACGUGAUUGCCCUGCUGAGUCCGUGGAUAGGAUGAGAACAGCCAUGUUGAAUGUCUCGUGGUCGGUGUUUACCUGCAACGCGAUUUUUGCCAUUUUCCUCCUCAAAAGCCCUGCGCUCCUGCCGCCGACAGUGCCGCGCCCCUUCAACGAAGAAGACCUUCGCAAUUCAGUGGAGUGGAAACCAUAUCCCCGUGCAGAGAGAACAGAACUGUUGUAUGGAGAGGCAGUCGUGGACGCAUAUUGUGACUUGGCUGAGAUAGCAUAUGAAGUAGCGUUAAGCGUGCCCUUCACUGAACCGCGAGACAGGAAUCCACCCUUGCUGCUGAUGGAGAGGUUGCGAAGCUGGUACGAUACCCUCUCUGCGACGUUGCAAGCCAACGCGGCCACACCUGGGCCAUUGUUUGAGCUACACGCCAUAUACUAUGCAUGUUCUCUUACCCUGAGUGAGGUUUCUGCACGCGACGGUUCACCAGGGCGAACUCCUGUUCCAGCAUCUUUCACCGCACAGUCGAAGUCAACUGCGGCUAUAACAGCUCGCAGCACCUCCCUUCUCUUGAUCCGUCGCAUGCUGCCACUUUAUCGACAGUUUCGCUCAACAUAUGGCCUCGUUCGUGUGAUGGCAGGCAGUUGCCAGGCGGCUGCGAUCGCGUAUUUUAUUCUGCUGAAAGUGCUGCGCGAUCCGUCGUUACAAUCAGAGGAGAACGAAGAAGCACUUGUUGAUCUGACGAUGUACUUGAUGGUAGGUGCACGACGCUGGCUGGUGUUUGCCGGUGUGCUCCGGAUGUUGCGACCGACAGCGCAGUCGAUGGGUGUCCAGCUUCCUCCAAGGCUGGUUGAGAUCCUGGAUGAUUUCGACAAGACUGUGUGGACCACGGGGGCACACAAACGAAUUCGAAGCGUCUACCCGAACCUGGCCCUUGUCAAAAGCGACGCGGGAGAUAGCGAGGACUAUACGAUGGGAGAGUUGCUGGCAAGGUGGGAGGCAGUGUUGACUGAUGAUCAGCCGGAAAAUCUUGAAGAUAACUAA